AUGUCAUCUAUUGCUCAUAUGCUGGGUCAGAAUGACCAACUGGCUAAGACUGAUUCUAGAGACAAGUCAAGUGAUACGUCUCAGAUCAAUGAAAUACCCAAAAUAACAACAACUUCACCACCAAUCACAAAUAACAAUAGGAAUAUUGAUCCGAAAACAACAAGAGAAGAACCUGAGCUUGAAAAACAAAAAUCAACCUCCACUUCAUCAGAUACCUCAUCAACUACUGUCCCAACUGUGAGAAAGUCUGUUGAUUUAACCGCUGAACAACAAGUUGUUGGUAAUGGUGGUGUGAAUUCCAAUAAUACAGAAGCUCAAGAUUCAUCAAAUAAUAACCAAAUACAUCAUCAAAGGAAAAGAUCAAAAGUAUCAAGAGCUUGUGAUGAUUGUCGAAGAAAAAAAAUCAGAUGUGAUGCCACUUUUAGUUCAACUUCAAAUUCAGUAAUGAAGCCUUGUACCACUUGUCUUAAGAAUAACUCCACUUGCUCAUUUGAUAGAGUCCCAUUGAAAAGAGGCCCAACAAAAGGUUAUACAAAGCCAGAUGGUGAAUCAACAAGAGAACGUUCAAAAUCAAGUACUUCAAGAAGAUCAAGCAGCAUGAGUAAUCAUCCUGCUUUACAACAAGUUCCUCAACAAACAAAUCCACAAUUAAGACCAAAUUCAUCUUCACCAAUUACAUUACCACCUUUAAUUUCUCUCACGAAUAAUGUUCCUUUGAAGUCUUAUGGGAAUAGUAACAAUUCAUCAGCUCCAAGGAGCUCUUCCAAUGGUAACAAUUCAUUAGAUGUUUCAAACUCAAUAUCACAACCAACGUCACCAAGACGUGGAAGUACAUUUAGUCAAGGGGGUGGUGAUCAACCUUUAAACUCACAAUCAUUAUCCAUUUCUCAGCAGCAGCAGCAACAGCAACAGGCUACUAAUAAUGGACCAAUCCCACAAGGGUUGUUUUGGAAAGUUCCAUAUAGUCAAGGUCCAUUUGAUAGAAGAGGCUCUGUUGAUUCUGUUUCUUCAUCAUUUAGUGAUUCAAGAUCUUCAAGAUUUUCAUCAAAUUCUAUCCCUGGAUCUGGUAUAAAUCCAAAUACAUCAAAUAGUAAUUUCUUAUUUGGGGCAAGACCAAGUGUGAAUUAUGAAUCUUCUGUUAUUUCUGAUUCAGAAGAUGAUAGAGUAUCAAAUUAUUCACCAAGAGCAUCAAUUGAUGCUUCAAGAGCUAAUAGAAGUCGUUCAAAUUCAUUUAAUGUCCCUCCCCAACCUACAAGUCCUGCAAUGUCAAUUUCAUCAUUACAUAGUUUAAACCAAGGUUUCAAUAAGAAUAUGAUUUUACAAAAUAGUAAUGUUGCUUUGGCUCAACAACAACAACAUCAAAUGGUGGAAAUUUAUUACCAAUUAAUACAUCCUUCCUUCCCAAUCUUACCAUUGAACAAACAAUCAUUAGGGAAUCUAUUAGCUAUCCCUUCAUCCAAGAAUCAAGAAAUACAAGAAAUAAAUAAUUUGAUUGUUCAUUCAUUUUAUUCAUCAUUAGAUGGCUUAAUAAUUUCAGCUUCAAGAGGUGCUAGAUCUCCUUCUAUAAUUUCAAUGCAACAGGUGAAUUCAGAUCAAACAACUUCUUUAAAUCCUUUACAAAUUAUUGCAACUAAUUUUACAAACUUAAUUAGAGUUUUCCCACAAUUACAAUCCAAAUUCAAUCUAUAUUCACAAAAUAUUGUCAUAUUAUUCACUUCUUCAAUUGUGUUGCUAUCUUAUUCCAUUGCAUUACUAGGUUUUGAAUCUGAUAUUUAUAUUAGCUCAAGCGUUGCUGUAUUCAAUAAAUUGAAAAUUUUCAGAUUAUUUUGGGACAAAAGUCAUCAAGUAACAGCAGAUAAUUAUGAUGAUUACAAUUCAAUACUGAAAAGGUUAUAUGUAUCUUUGGAUAUUGUUGAUACCUUACAAUCAUUAUCAUUUGGUAUCCCAAAAUUAAUCUCAAUUGAUUAUGAUCCUUCAAUUGUUGAUAUUUUAUUCCCUUCGUUCAAUGAUUCAGCUUCUGUUAAUGGUUUAGAUUUUGAAAUGGCUAAAAGAAAUAUGAAAUUUGGAUUGAUAUUGACAAAGAUUAGUUCAUCAAGAAAAUUUGCAGAAUUAACUUAUUCAUCAACAUUUUUAAGUGAUUUGAAAACUAAGUAUAAUUAUUUUUCAAACAUUAUUGAAGAAUCCCCAGUUACACAUCAUGAUCAAAUAUCUGUAAAUUUCUUAGAUCUGAUAAUUGCAAAAUUCGAACUUGUUGGAUUUUUAGAUGAAGUUUGUCAAAAUAUUAUUGGACAACCAAGACUAGAUGAAGAACUCAUAUAUGAUUUUCAACUCAAAUGUCUAAGGAUUGUGAAAAAACAAUUGGAAUUACAGUCCAAUUUACUAAAAUCCAUUAAAAAUUACAGUAAUUCAAUUGAUAAUAAUCAAUUAGUAUCUCCAUUCUUACCAUUAGCUUUUAGACAAUCUAUUAAAGCACUAAAUAUUCAAAAGAUUUUAAUUAAUUCAUUACAAUUUAACAAAGAUUUGAUUGGAAGACUAUCUAAACCAUUGAAUGAUUUGAUAAGUUUGAAUAAUUACUUGAGUUUAUUGAAACCUUUCAAAGCUGAAGAAUUGAAUAAUCAUAUAAAUUUUAGUUUUGUUUCUGAACAUUUAAAAUAUCUGGAACUGUACAAUGAAUCAUCAACUUCUUCAAACAUCAACAAAGAAACAGAAAUUCUGAAACACUGGGUAGGAUUAAUCAAUGAUGUAAAAAGCUUUAUUCAAAAGGAAGAUUAUGAUGGUUGGUUUUAA